GCGCGUUGACAGAGCUGCGUGGGGCCGCAGCUGCACUCGGGGUUCGUGUCGGUGCUGCUCAGUCUCCGGGACGGACGCAGGAGGAAGAUGUCCCCGCUGCUGCUGCUGCUGCUCGGCCUCCUGUCCCUGAUGCUGUGCGUCCUCCGCGGCAGGAAGAGACGAGACGGCGAGCCUCCGCUGAUCAAAGGCUGGAUUCCUUUCGUUGGAAAGGCUCUGGAGUUCGGAAGAGAUGCCCAUAAGUUUCUUGAAGACCAUAAGACCAAGUUUGGAGACAUUUUUACAGUCCGGAUAGCAGGUAAAUACAUGACCUUCAUCAUGGAUCCUUUACUGUAUCCAAACAUCAUCAAACAGGGCCGGCAGCUGGACUUCCACGAGUUCUCCAACAAGGUGGCGCCCUUCACCUUCGGCUACCCGCCCAUCAUCACCAGGAAGUUCCCCGGCCUGCGGGAGGAGAUCGGCCGCUCCUUCCAGCUCCUCCAGGGAGACGACCUCACGGCUCUGACGGAGAGCAUGAUGGGUAACCUCAUGCUGGUGUUUCGUCAGGACCACCUGGGUGAGGAUGGCGGCUGGAAGAACGGCAGCGUGUACGAGUUCUGCAACUCGGUCAUGUUCGAGGCCACCUUCCUCACCAUGUACGGCAGGCCGGCGAGCACCAGGCGCCACAGCGGCAUGGGCGUGCUGAGGGAGGACUUCGUCCGGUUUGACACCAUGUUUCCGCUGCUUAUCGCUCAGAUCCCCAUCUGGCUGCUGGGACAGACCAAGAUGAUCCGCGAGAAGCUGAUCAACUUCUUCCUGCCGCACAAGAUGAAGUGCUGGUCCAACACUUCACAGUUCAUCAAGAGACGAGCGGAGCUGUUUGAGCAGUACGACACAUUUAGAGACGUCGACAAAGCAGCUCAUCACUUUGCCAUCCUCUGGGCGUCUGUGGGGAACACCGUCCCCGCCACCUUCUGGGCCAUGUACUACCUGGUGAGUCACCCUGAGGCCCUGCAGGUCGUCCGCCAGGAGAUCCACGACGUCCUGAGACUCAGCGGCGUCGAGUUCAGCAGAGACAGAGACGUGACCCUCAGCAGGGAGCAGCUGGACAAGCUUCUUUAUCUGGAGAGCGCCAUCAACGAGAGCCUCCGUCUGUCCUCGGCCUCCAUGAACAUCCGUGUCGCUCAGGAGGACUUCAGUCUGCGGCUGGACGGCGAGCGCUCAGUGGCCGUCAGGAAAGGAGACAUCAUCGCCCUCUACCCUCAGAGUAUGCACAUGGACCCCGAGAUCUACGAGGAGCCUCAGGUACGACUGGCUGCUCCAUUAACGUCCUCAUUAAACGUUAGCAACUCACUUUUUCAACAUUUCUCCAUCCACAAGUUAAACGCAGCCUAACGGACGCGUUGUGUG